CACGCCGGAGUAGAGCACACUCUCUCAGUUGUCAGGCGAAAGUACUAUUUAACUCAGGGCCGGCGGGCCGUACGAAAAACCUUGGCGCGCUGCGUCAAAUGUCGGCGCAGGUGUGCGCAACCUCGACCACCGAUAAUGGCUAAUCUUCCCAAAGAAAGGCUGCUACCAUUCGUCCGACCCUUUUCUACUUCUGGUCUUGACUUCUUCGGGCCUUUCAACACAGUUAUCGGCCAACGCACUGAGAAGCGCUAUGGUCUCCUCGUCACUUGUUUCUCCACCCGCGCUGUUCAUCUGGAGCUGGUUUAUUCUCUCUCUUCCGACUCCUUUUUGAUGGCGUUACGCCGAUUCAUUGCCGAUCGCGGCCAUCCAGGCACCAUAUUCUCCGACAACGGGACUAAUCUGGUCGCGGGUGAGAAGGAACUGCGCGAGGGGAUUGCGAACCUGAACUCAAAGCUUGUGACCGAAGAAAUGAUCGAUCGUGGAAUCGACUGGAAGUUCUCGCCGCCUUCCGGCCCGCAUUUCGGUGGAUCAUGGGAGCGUCUCGUCGGCUCCAGCAAGAAAUCUCUGCGGGCUGUUCUAGAAGAACGUAGCGUUACCGAUGAAGUGCUACUCACCGUUUUAAAGGAGGUUGCAUCGCUUCUGAACACUCGACCCCUGACGCAUGUUUCGACUGACCCGUCUGAACCGGAACCAUUAACGCCGAACCACUUUAUUCUUGGCUGUCAUCAUCCCCACUAUCCCCCGAACGUCGAAGAAGAAUUUAGCGAUUUGUCUAGACGGCGCUUCAGGCAGUCGCAGUUCAUUGUGAAUCAAUACUGGCGCAGAUGGAUGCGAGAGUACGUGCCAGAGCUGAUUGAGCGGAAGAAAUGGAAUCUAGCCACUCCCCCGCUCCGUGUUGGCAACCGAGUGCUCAUCAUGGAUGAGAACACUCGCCGUGGACAAUGGUUAACGGGCACCGUGUCAAAGCUAUUCCCAGGAGAUGACGGCCGCAUCAGGCGUGUCUCUGUCAAAACUGCAACAUCCGAAUUAAUUCGUCCCGUUGUAAAACUUUGUUUGUUUUCAGACGCAUAAUUGGCCGGACGGGACUGUUGUGCAUCUGCACAAAGGAAAGGGGGUGUGGCGGUAUGGCAACAGGGCGAACGAGUUGAGCAGACGACGAACAGGAUCGGUGAGAAAAGACGCGACGGCAGACUCAAAAAUAUAGCUUAGAGCACAUGAGUUGUAAUUGUCGUGUUAUCAGGUGUAUUGAGCCACUCUUCGUUUGUCAAAUACAGCCCACUCGCUGAUCACGGUGUUGUGUGUGUGUGUUAACAUUAAUUC